CGCAGGCGCCGCCCGCCGCCGCCUGUGUCUCGGCGCUCCCCCUGGCGCGGCGGCCGCGGCGCUGCUGCUCGGGCGGGCGGGGGCGGCCUGGGCUCCCGCUUCCGGUGUGGUGUCAUGGCGGGCCCUGGGCGCUGAUGGCUGCGGGGAGCUGAGGGCCCCGGAGCGCGCCAGGGAUACGGAGACCCUCCCCUCGCCCGGCGCCUCUCCUGCCGCCCUCCCUGCGGGGAUCCGCCCCCCUCCCUGGCCGGGCGGGCGGGGGGGGACAUGGCGGCCCACAAGCCGGUGGAGUGGGUGCAGGCCGUGGUGAACCGCUUCGAUGAGCAGCUUCCAAUAAAGGCUGCCCAGCAGAAUACCCACACCAAAGUCAGUACGGAGCACAACAAGGAAUGUCUCAUAAACAUUUCCAAGUACAAGUUUUCCCUGGUCAUCAGUGGUCUCACUAAUAUCUUAAAAAAUGUUAAUAACAUGAGAAUAUUUGGAGAAACUGCUGAAAAGAAUUUAUAUCUAUCUCAGCUGAUUAUCUUGGAUACACUGGAAAAAUGUCUGGCAGGGCAACCAAAGGAUACCAUGCGACUAGACGAGACUAUGCUGGUAAAACAGUUGCUGCCAGAAAUCUGCCAUUUCAUCCACACUUACCGUGAAGGGAAUCAGCAUGCAGCUGAACUACGAAAUUCUGCCUCUGGGGUUCUUUUUUCUCUUAGCUGUAAUAACUUCAAUGCUGUGUUCAGCCGCAUUUCCACCAGAUUACAGGAACUGACUGUUUGUUCAGAAGAUAAUGCUGAUGUUCAUGAUAUUGAACUUUUACAGUACAUCAGUGUGGAUUGUUCAAAACUGAAACGACUCUUGCAAGAGACUGUAUUCAAGUUUAAAGCCCUUAAGAAAGUAGCUCAGUUAGCUGUUAUCAAUAGUCUUGAAAAGGCAUUUUGGAACUGGGUGGAAAACUAUCCUGACGAAUUCACAAAGCUGUAUCAAACACCACAGACUGAUAUGGCUGAUUGUGCAGAGAAGUUGUUUGACUUAGUGGAUGGCUUUGCUGAAAGCACAAAACGUAAAGCAGCAGUUUGGCCACUGCAAAUCAUACUCCUGGUCCUGUGUCCAGAGAUAAUCCAAGAUAUAGCAAAGGAUGUGGUAGAGGAAACUAAAAUGAACAAGAAACUGUUCCUGGACAAUCUCAGGAAAGCACUCGCAGGCCACAGUGGGAGCAGACAGCUGACUGAAAGUGCUGCUAUUGCUUGUGUUAAACUGUGCAAAGCAUCUACCUACAUCAACUGGGAAGAUAAUUCUGUCAUUUUCUUACUAGUGCAGUCCAUGGUAGUAGAUCUUAAGAAUUUGCUGUUUAAUCCAAGCAAACCUUUUUCAAGAGGCAAUCAAAAUGCAGAUGUAGACCUUAUGAUUGACUGCUUAGUUUCCUGCUUCCGCAUAAACCCUCAUAAUAACCAGCACUUUAAGAUCUGCUUGGCACAGAAUUCCCCGUCAACGUUUCAUUACGUACUGGUAAAUUCGCUGCAUCGAAUAAUCACAAAUUCUGCGUUGGACUGGUGGCCCAAGAUCGAUGCUGUGUACUGCCAUUCCGUGGAGCUUCGCAGCAUGUUCAGCGAGACGCUUCACAAAGCUAUUCAGGGCUGUGGGACGCAUCCAGCAAUUCGCAUGACUCCGAGUCUUACAUUUAAGGAGAAAAUGACAAGCCUUAAAUUUAAAGAAAAACCUACUGAUUUGGAAACCAGAAGUUACAAGUUCUUGCUGUUAUCCUUGGUAAAACUGAUCCAUGCUGAUCCAAAGCUUUUGCUGUGUAAUCCAAGGAAGCAAGGGCCUGAGACGCAAGGUAGCACAGCUGAAUUAAUUACAGGCCUUGUACAACUUGUUCCGCAAUCCAGCAUGCCGGAUAUAGCACAAGAAGCCAUGGAGGCCUUGCUAGUUCUUCACCAGUUAGACAGCAUUGACUUGUGGAAUCCUGAUGCACCUAUAGAAACAUUCUGGGAAAUUAGUUCACAAAUGCUUUUUUAUAUCUGCAAGAAACUAACUAGUCACCAGAUGCUCAGCAGUACAGAAAUCCUCAAGUGGCUGCGAGAGAUUCUCAUCUGUAGGAAUAAAUUUCUUCUAAAAAACAAACAAUCAGAUAGGAGUUCCUGCCACCUUCUCUUUCUUUAUGAUGUCCCUGGAGGUGGAACUAGUCAAAUUUCUCUUGACCCUGAAGAGAUGAUACGCUGUGCUCCUGGAGUUACCCUCAGGAAAGGGAAAGGGAAUUCUUCCAUGGAAAGUACAGCAGGAUGCAGCGGAACACCAAUUUGUCGCCAAGCCCAAACAAAAUUGGAAGUGGCUUUAUACAUGUUUUUGUGGAGCCCGGAUAUUGAGGCAGUCCUUGUUGCAAUGUCCUGCUUCCGUCACCUCUGUGAGGAAGCAGACAUCAGAUGUGGAGUAGAUGAAGUCUCAGUGCAUAAUUUUUUGCCAAACUACAAUACUUUCAUGGAGUUUGCAUCUGUUAGCAAUAUGAUGUCAACAGGGAGAGCAGCUCUUCAGAAAAGAGUGAUGGCAUUAUUAAGACGCAUUGAACAUCCAACUGCAGGCAAUACAGAGGCCUGGGAAGAUACACAUGCAAAAUGGGAACAAGCUACAAAACUAAUCCUUAACUAUCCAAAGACCAAAAUGGAAGAUGGGCAGGUUGCUGAAAGUCUUCAUAAGACAAUUGUUAAGAGACGCAUGUCGCACGUUAGCGGGGGAGGAUCCAUAGACCUGUCUGACACAGAUUCCCUUCAGGAGUGGAUCAACAUGACAGGGUUCUUAUGUGCCCUUGGAGGAGUGUGCCUGCAGCAUCGUAGCAAUGCAGGAUUAGCAACCUACAGCCCACCUAUGGGCCCUGUCAAUGAGCGUAAGGGCUCCAUGAUAUCUAUGGUGUCCACUGAGGGAAACACAGAGACUCCUGUUAGCAAAUUCAUCGAUCGAUUAUUGACUCUGAUGGUCUGUAACCACGAGAAAGUGGGACUUCAGAUACGGACUAAUAUUAAAGAUCUGGUGGGUUUGGAGUUGAGUCCAGCACUUUAUCCAAUGCUGUUUAACAAACUGAAGAAUACCAUCAGCAAAUUUUUUGAUUCUCAAGGACAGGUUUUGUUAACUGAGACCAACACACAAUUUGUAGAGCAAACCAUUGCUAUAAUGAAGAAUUUGCUUGACAAUCAUACAGAAGGGAGCUCAGAACAUCUUGGACAAGCUAGUAUUGAGACGAUGAUGCUAAAUCUAGUUAGGUAUGUGCGUGUGCUUGGAAAUUUGGUACAUGCAAUUCAAAUAAAAACUAAGCUAUGUCAAUUAGUAGAAGUAAUGAUGGAGAGGAGAGAUGACCUUUCAUUUUGCCAAGAAAUGAAAUUUAGGAACAAAAUGGUGGAGUACUUGACAGACUGGGUUAUGGGAACAUCUAAUCAAGCAACAGAUGAGGAUGUGAAAUGCUUGACAAGAGAUUUGGACCAAGCGAGUAUGGAAGCUGUGGUCUCUCUUCUUGCUGGGCUUCCGCUACAGCCGGAAGAAGGAGAUGGUGUUGAGUUGAUGGAAGCGAAAUCUCAGUUAUUUCUUAAAUAUUUCACACUCUUUAUGAACCUUCUAAAUGACUGCAGUGAAGUGGAAGAUGAAAGUUCACAAACAGGUGGCAGGAAACGUGGGAUGUCUCGGAGACUAGCUUCCCUACGGCACUGCACUGUUCUGGCUAUGUCAAACUUACUCAAUGCAAACGUGGACAGUGGUCUUAUGCACUCAAUAGGCUUGGGCUAUCAUAAAGACCUCCAAACAAGAGCUACGUUUAUGGAAGUCCUCACCAAAAUUCUGCAGCAGGGAACAGAAUUUGAUACGUUAGCAGAAACAGUGCUAGCAGAUCGGUUUGAGAGAUUGGUGGAGUUGGUUACAAUGAUGGGUGAUCAGGGGGAGCUUCCUAUUGCUAUGGCUUUAGCCAAUGUGGUGCCUUGUUCUCAGUGGGAUGAGUUAGCUCGUGUCCUGGUCACACUCUUUGAUUCCCGACACUUGCUCUACCAGCUACUCUGGAAUAUGUUUUCAAAGGAAGUUGAACUAGCAGAUUCCAUGCAGACACUCUUCCGAGGAAACAGCUUAGCCAGUAAAAUAAUGACUUUCUGUUUUAAGGUAUAUGGUGCUACAUAUUUGCAGAAGCUUUUGGAACCUUUAUUAAGGACUGUGAUCACGUCCUCUGAAUGGCAGCAUGUUAGCUUUGAGGUGGAUCCAACAAGGCUGGAGCCUACAGAAAGCCUUGAAGAGAACCAGCGGAGUCUCUUGCAAAUGACAGAAAAAUUUUUUCAUGCAAUCAUUAAUUCUUCUUCGGAGUUCCCACCACAACUUCGCAGUGUGUGCCAUUGUUUGUACCAGGCAACUUGCCACUCUCUACUGAAUAAAGCUACCGUAAAAGAAAAAAAGGAAAACAAAAAAUCAGUUGUUAGUCAGCGGUUUCCUCAGAACAGCAUCGGAGCAGUUGGAAGCGCGAUGUUCCUUCGGUUCAUCAAUCCUGCAAUUGUCUCCCCUUACGAGGCAGGGAUCUUAGAUAAAAAGCCUCCACCAAGAAUUGAAAGGGGAUUGAAACUGAUGUCGAAGAUACUUCAGAGUAUUGCCAACCACGUCCUGUUUACAAAAGAAGAGCAUAUGCGGCCUUUUAAUGACUUUGUAAAAAGCAAUUUUGAUGCAGCACGAAGGUUUUUCCUUGAUAUCGCAUCUGAUUGCCCAGCUAGCGACACUGUCAAUCACAGCCUGUCUUUCAUCAGCGAUGGCAACGUACUUGCUUUGCACCGGUUGCUGUGGAACAAUCAGGAGAAAAUUGGCCAGUACCUUUCCAGCAACAGGGACCACAAGGCUGUUGGAAGACGACCUUUUGACAAGAUGGCUACUCUUCUUGCCUAUCUGGGUCCUCCUGAGCACAAACCCGUGGCAGAUACCCAUUGGUCCAGUUUAAAUCUCACUAGCUCCAAAUUUGAGGAAUUUAUGACAAGGCAUCAGGUACAUGAAAAAGAGGAGUUCAAAGCACUGAAAACAUUAAAUAUUUUCUACCAAGCUGGGACAUCAAAAGCUGGAAAUCCUGUUUUCUACUACAUUGCUCGGCGAUUCAAGACCGGUCAGAUCAACGGAGAUUUGUUGAUAUACCAUGUGCUACUAACUCUGAAGCCAUACUAUGCAAAGCCAUAUGAAAUUGUAGUGGACCUCACACACGCUGGCCCUAGUAAUCGCUUUAAAACAGACUUUCUUUCUAAAUGGUUUGUAGUUUUUCCAGGCUUUGCUUAUGAAAAUGUCUCAGCAGUUUUUAUUUAUAACUGUAACUCUUGGGUCAGAGAAUACACCAAAUACCAUGAAAGGCUCUUGACAGGUUUGAAAGGAAGCAAAAGGCUUAUUUUCAUAGACUCUCCAGGGAAGCUGGCAGAGCACAUUGAACACGACCAGCAGAAACUCCCAGCAGCUACCUUGGCUUUGGAGGAGGACUUGAAAGUAUUUCACAAUGCUCUCAAACUGGCUCAUAAAGACACCAAAGUUUCUAUUAAAGUUGGGUCAACAGCUGUGCAGGUGACGUCAGCAGAACGAACAAGAGUCCUGGGACAAACAGUGUUUUUAAAUGAUAUAUACUAUGCCUCUGAAAUUGAGGAGAUAUGUCUUGUUGAUGAGAACCAGUUUACCUUAACCAUUGCCAACCAAGGCACACCACUCACCUUCAUGCAUCAGGAGUGUGAAGCCAUUGUUAGGUCCAUCAUUCAUAUACGGACACGGUGGGAGCUGUCACAACCAGACUCCAUCCCACAGCACACUAAAAUUCGUCCUAAGGAUGUCCCUGGAACACUACUGAACAUCGCGCUGCUCAACCUGGGAAGCUCAGACCCCAGUUUGCGGUCUGCUGCCUAUAAUCUCCUAUGUGCCUUAACCUGUACAUUUAAUUUAAAGAUUGAGGGCCAGUUACUGGAAACUUCAGGUCUGUGUAUUCCUGCCAACAACACGCUAUUUAUUGUAUCUAUUAGUAAGACUCUUGCAGCUAAUGAACCACACCUUACCUUAGAGUUCUUGGAAGAGUGUAUUUCUGGAUUUAGCAAAUCUAGUAUUGAACUGAAACAUCUUUGUCUGGAGUAUAUGACUCCCUGGCUGUCCAAUCUGGUCCGAUUCUGUAAACACAAUGAUGAUGCUAAGCGCCAGCGAGUCACUGCUAUUCUUGAUAAGCUUAUAACAAUGACGAUAAAUGAAAAACAGAUGUAUCCUUCCAUUCAAGCUAAGAUAUGGGGAAGUCUUGGACAGAUAACAGAUCUCCUUGAUGUAGUGCUGGACAGUUUCAUCAAAACAAGUGCCACAGGGGGCCUGGGAUCCAUAAAAGCUGAGGUUAUGGCAGACACAGCUGUAGCGCUUGCUUCUGGAAAUGUAAAGUUGGUUUCGAGCAAAGUGAUUGGAAGGAUGUGUAAAAUAAUUGACAAGACGUGUUUGUCUCCCACUCCUACAUUGGAACAGCACCUGAUGUGGGAUGAUAUUGCUAUUCUAGCACGUUACAUGCUGAUGCUCUCCUUCAACAACUCUCUGGAUGUGGCAGCACAUCUCCCCUACCUCUUUCAUGUAGUGACUUUAUUGGUGGCCACUGGUCCCCUUUCUCUUAGAGCUUCCACGCAUGGUCUCGUCAUCAACAUCAUUCAUUCUCUUUGCACUUGUUCACAGCUUCACUUUAGUGAGGAGACCAAGCAAGUUUUAAGGCUGAGCUUGACUGAGUUCUCUCUGCCCAAAUUUUAUUUGCUGUUUGGAAUCAGCAAAGUGAAAUCAGCUGCAGUCAUAGCAUUCCGAUCCAGCUAUCGAGACAGGUCGUUUUCACCGGGCUCCUACGAAAGGGAGACUUUCGCACUGACGUCGUUGGAAACUGUUACUGAAGCUUUGCUGGAGAUCAUGGAGGCUUGUAUGAGGGAUAUUCCAACGUGCAAGUGGCUGGACCAGUGGACUGAACUAGCUCAAAAGUUUGCAUUCCAAUAUAACCCAUCCCUGCAGCCCAGAGCCCUUGUUGUCUUUGGCUGUAUAAGUAAACGUGUCUCUCACGGACAAAUAAAACAAAUAAUCAGGAUUCUUAGCAAGGGACUUGAGAGCUGUUUAAAAGGCCCCGAUAAUUACAAUAGCCAAGUUCUAAUAGAAGCUACAGUAAUAGCACUCACCAAGCUGCAGCCUCUUCUUAAUAAGGACUCUCCUAUGCACAAGGCUCUCUUUUGGGUAGCCAUGGCAGUACUGCAGUUAGAUGAAGUAAACUUGUACUCAGCAGGUACGGCACUACUUGAGCAGAAUCUGCAUACCUUGGAUAGCCUUCGAGUAUUCAAUGAUAAGAGCCCAGAAGAGGUGUUUAUGGAGAUCAGGAGGCCACUCGAAUGGCACUGCAAGCAGAUGGAUCAUUUUGUUGGACUAAAUUUCAACUCCAACUUUAACUUCGCACUAGUGGGACACCUCCUGAAAGGGUACAGGCAUCCUUCUCCUACCACUGUAGCAAGAACAGUGAGGAUUUUACAUACACUACUAGCUCUGGUUAACAAACAUAGGAACUGUGACAAGUUUGAGGUGAACACCCAGAGCGUGGCUUACCUAGCAGCUUUGCUGACAGUAUCUGAGGAGGUUCGAAGUCGCUGCAGCCUAAAACAUAGGAAGUCUCUGUUGUUGACAGACGUUUCAAUGGAAAAUGUUCCCAUGGAUACAUAUCCCAUACAUCACAGUGACACUAGCUAUAGGACACUAAAGGAAAAUCAACCAUGGUCAUCCCCAAAGGGGUCGGACAGACAUCUGGCUGCCAGUUACCCGACAGUGGGACAGAUAAGCCCUCGAACACGAAAAUCCAUGAGUUUGGAUAUGGGGCAGCCUUCGCAAGCAAACACUAAAAAGCUUCUAGGUACAAGGAAAAGUUUUGACCAUUUGAUAUCGGACACAAAGGCUCCUAAAAGGCAAGACAUGGAAUCUGGAAUCACAACGCCUCCCAAAAUGAGGAGAGUAGCCGAAAAUGAUUAUGAAAUGGAAACCCAGAGAAUAUCACCGCAGCAACACCCACAUCUUCGAAAAGUUUCUGUUUCUGAGUCAAAUGUCCUCCUAGAUGAAGAAGUUCUGACUGACCCAAAAAUCCAAGCCCUGCUGCUUACAGUUCUUGCAACAUUAGUGAAGUACACUACUGAUGAGUUUGACCAGCGGAUUCUGUAUGAGUAUUUAGCAGAAGCCAGUGUUGUCUUCCCAAAGGUCUUUCCUGUUGUGCAUAACUUAUUGGAUUCCAAGAUCAAUACCCUUUUAUCGCUGUGCCAGGAUCCAAAUUUGUUGAAUCCAAUUCAUGGGAUUGUUCAGAGUGUUGUCUACCAUGAAGAGUCUCCACCCCAAUACCAAACUUCUUAUCUACAGAGUUUUGGAUUUAAUGGGUUAUGGAGGUUUGCUGGCCCGUUUUCUAAGCAAACACAAAUCCCAGACUAUGCUGAGCUCAUAGUGAAGUUUCUUGAUGCCUUGAUUGACACGUAUUUGCCUGGAAUUGAUGAGGAAACCAGUGAAGAAUCUCUCCUGACACCCACAUCUCCGUACCCUCCUGCAGUGCAGAGCCAGCUCAGCAUCACUGCUAACCUUAACCUUUCCAAUUCCAUGACCUCGCUUGCGACUUCCCAGCACUCCCCAGGGAUCGACAAGGAGAACGUGGAGCUCUCGCCCACCGCCGGCCACGCCAACAGCGGGAGGAUGCGCCACGGCUCCGCAAGCCAAGUGCAAAAGCAGCGAAGUGCUGGCAGUUUCAAACGUCACAGCAUCAAAAAGAUUGUGUGACUCUUUCUUUAUAAUUCCUUUUUUUUCUUUUUUUCUGUCAUUCCCUCCCCCCCUCCCCCUCCCCCCCCCCCGAAAGUGACUGACACGCGUGGGCCUCUCGCAAAGGGCCCUCCACCGGUUGUGAUGCUGCACUUAAUUUUUAAAGUUCCCAUCCUGUCAGCCGUGUUGCCAGAUGAUCAACUCUUGAAACGUUGCCUGAAUGUUAAUGCCUUCAUUUCUUUUCUCCCGUCUUUGGUUUAAGCCAGUGUUGCAGAACCGCUCACGUAGAUCCUGACGGACUUUGUAGCCGAAGGAGGUGUGGAGCUCUUUAAUGCUGCAGAGCAUCCUGUGUCCGGGCACGAAAGCCAUUCCCGCAGACCGCUCUGCCCUGCUGCUGCUCCCGGCCUCCUUGGCUUCUCCUCCAAAGGAAAAUGUUCGCCCUUAAUCCUGUUUGUGCACUUCUCAAGGUAGUGGCUUCAUGAGCUGGGGGAAGUUACUAUAAUCCUGGUUUUAAUUCAAACCCAUAAGAUUUUUAGCUGUGGACUUUUUUUUACCGUACUUAAAAGAAACUUAUGAUAGCUGCAGUUCAAUGACCUUAACCAGAAGUGGUGGAUUAGGUUAAAUUUCUAGUAAUUAGCAAUAAAUUUGAGAGGACAAGGAGGCUGCACGAGUCUCUUUCAUUCCCCAGACCAUAGCUUCACAUACUUGGACUGUAUAUGGACCAGACUGGACAAACUGGCUUUUUUCCAAAGCAAUUUUUUUUUUUUUUGCUGUACUUUAACUGCACUAAAAAGGGUUGUAUAGUGGAAAGAAAAUUAUCGAGAACUGACUAUUACACUGUCAUUGUAGCGGUGUUGAAGAUUUAUUGCUUCUCUCUUCCAUUUAGUGUAUACUUUAGUUUUGCCCUUCCCAGCAAUCUGCACCUUCAAGAGAUUCCUGGCAGAAUAACGAUUGGGGUACGGAGGGGAAAAGUUAACGACUUCACCUCCAGCUCUGGGAGAUGGUGUUUGGCAAAGCUGCUUUUGUGCUGCCCAAGCAGUGAUACAAAAACCGUGACGUUUGCUUAAGGUACAUGAAUUUAAAAAUAACUGACACUGUGUCAAGUCCCGGUUACGUUUGAAUGUUCGCGGUGCAAUCCCUGGCAUCAGUACAGACGUUUGCCAUCAAACCCGUCUUGCAGAACUUCCAAGGGGUUUUAGUUUGCAAGGGCUCGUCCCUGGGGGUCACGCAAAUCUGAACCUGCUGCCACUGGGAAAGACUUGUCAGCUCCAGUCGUGUAUCCGCGGUGGACGCCCGAGAACGUGCUGCUGUGGUGAGGACGUGCGAGGGGGCUGAAAACGUGCAGAGCGUUUGACCUGGGAAGGCCGGGGAAAAGGGCCUCGCGCUCAUCUGGGGCUCAGGAUCCCUCCUGCUGAGGAACAGCUGACCUUCCCGGGUUCAGAUCCCUGCUCUUUGUUAGACAUUAACCAUCUGUAAGUGGCUUUAAAGGAGAAAAAGUAUAUCCACUAUAUAAAAUAAAAUCCUCUAGUGCAAUUUUGUUAGUGGCUUUCAGUAAAUCAAACUCCACAGCUAAAUUAUUAGAGAAUGGUACAAUUAAGCGUUCCGAUUUUAUUGAUAUAGCACAUAAUUCACAUGUAUCCACACAGUAACAAUGUAACAUUUAUGUAAAUAAAAAUACCUUUAUUGUAUUGAUUCAUAAAAUAACAAUUUAAUUUCUUUAAUUUGUUUACAGUCCUGGAAAAACUAUGAACACAAACUUAAUAUGCAAAUAGCUUGCCAAAACAAGAGGAAAACAGAGAAUUAGCAGUUUUGAAAUAGAUGUGUUGGAAAAUACAAAGACUUGUGCAAUUAACCAAAUUUUUUUUACUCUUGGUCGCUUCAGAGCUGCAAUAGAAAUGUGGUUACUGAGCGAUACUGAAUUCUGAAAGGGAUUGUGAGGCCAGAACAGAAUGUAGGAAUAGAGCAGUGACUUGUGCCACGUCCUCAGCUGUGAUGCCUGUAAAACCAGGGGUCACCGAUUUAAAAAUCGUUUCAUCUCAUAUAUCCAAUUGCGAAGGGCCGCCUGCAGCAGUGCUGCCAGUUUGCGUUUGGCUGUUCUGAAUCAAGCUAAUUCCAGCCCUUUCUGUUUUGUGAAGAGGAUGACUUGUAGAAGCCUGAGGAUUUGUAGGCAGGAGGUAAAAAGAAUCUCCUGUAAAGGUAAUUUGCUGUUAGAAAAAUCGAGCUUUCAUUUGUUUCUCCUAUGAGCAGAAGCAGAAAUAGUAAUUCCAGAUGAAUUACCAAAUCAGUUUUGUUUGGACUGGGUGCAUUCAAGAACCACUCUUUCAAUAUUUUGCAUUGCCUAUAUAAAAAAAUAGUGUCCCUAAACUAGAAUUAAUGCAUUCUUUGCCAUACAUAUAAUGUGAAACCAACAAGGACAGUGAUUACAAUUACCUUUCAUGUGAGAACUAGAACUACUCCAGGCGCUCAGUCCCAGCUGAAAAAAAAAUGGUAUCUUCAUAAAGUCAGCAAAAUUUCAUUUAUUCUGUUUCCUGGCAGGAGGGGGAGUCACUUAAUGUUUCCACCGCCUGGCCCAGUGGGAGACCCUGAACUGCCUUAGAGCAGGGGUGUCAAACACCUUAGGGGGUGGGGGCUGAAUCUGGGGGUGAUUACAGUUGAUGGCCAAGGCUUAAUUCGGGAUCACAGGCGCCCCGAUACACAGGAAAGUUAUCUCCCAGGGCCGGUAGUUGGGAAGCUUGUGCUUAGGUCAAGGGGGGGAAACAUGGCCUUUCUUUAACGAUUACCCUUUGGUUAGUAAUUAGUUGUUCAGUGCCUUACUGUCACGUUCAUCACAGCCUGCUCCCUGUAAUGGCCAUUGCUGUUACUUUGCCUGUUUUCCUUCUCACAUCCUCCUUUAUUUGUUCUCCUGUUUGGAGUAUUCUCCAUCCUGCCCCAAGUCUCUCCUCUGAGCACCGCUCUGUUCCCAGUCCAGCCCGUGUCCGUUCCCUCCUCAUCCCGUUGCUCCGUUUAUGCUCAUAGCGAUGGGCAGGUGGUUGCUGGUGACGGUGUGGCCUUGAAGCCUGAUCUAACGAGCAGGAGAGAGAUCCAAGAGUUCCCACCUUCGAGUCGCUGUGUCAGGCAGCCUGCAGACUACCGGGCAGCCACUGCCGCGUGGGCUGCUGCAGCCCUGGAGUCUGCGUACUUGGAAAUGAAAACUUAGAUUCAGAAAAAGCCGGUUUUAACAUGUGGACCACAUAACUACAUCACGGGGACUGUAUGUUUGACACCCCUGUUUUAGAACAUGUUAUCCAUUAUGCACUAACUACAGUUAAGUACUGUAAAGGUGAUUAACAUUUUGUUUGUGUUUGUAUUUUCCCUGACUUAAAGAUAAUUCAGUAGUAUUUGAGUAGUGCAUAACCUACCUGUUAAUUAUGCCAAUGUUUCUGCUUCAAUGUGCAUGAGGUUUCCAAGAACAGGAAACGUUUCCAGUAAGUAUUGUGGACCGAGCACCCUGGAGCGUUCCAGUGCUCUAUUCCUAACUGGGUUGUAGGUUUUAGGGCUUUUUCUGUUUCAUUCUAAGGUUAUUUUUUUUUCAAAUGUUAUGAAGCACGUCUUAUUGUUAUGCAGCAAACUUACCACAGAAAGUCACUUUUAGUGUUGGUCCCACAAUUUUUUUUUAAUGCAGUAUAUUCACCUGUAAAUAGUUUUUGUGUAAAAUUUGACAGAAAAGUAUAUUUACUACACUGUAAAUACAUGUGACAAUAUAUUGUAUUAUUUUGCUUUUUUUGUAAAGCAGUUAGUUGCUGUAUAUGUAUAACAUAUAAAUUUGAUUAUUCUAGUGUUAGUAACUGUUAACUACUACUACUCCUUCCUGCUGUUGCGUUAUGUCAUUUAAAAAAAUGCUGUGUACUAUAAACUUACACUGUGUAUGAUAUCUUACUAUUUCCAUUUGGGCCUCAACUUUGAAAAUGUUUCCUUGAUCCACAAUCCUGUUCAUCUUGUAAGCAAGUGUGCGACAGCUGGCGAGAGCCCUGCUGAUUGAAACGCAGUUGGUAACUGUAGGUAAAAAUGGUAGAAAUCUGGUUUCAGGUAAUUGUUGUUCACCCCAUUUUCCCCUCAUGUAUGUACUUUCCCUUUUUUUUUUUUUUUUUUUUUGAAGUAAAAUGUAAAUUCAACCUGC